AUGGGGAGCAAUCCCUUGCGCCAACAAGUUGCAAGCAUGAGGCAAUCUUUGUUUGAUGAGGAAAUUCUGGACAAGCAGUUUAUGCAGAUGGAGCAAUUGGAAGAUGUUGACAAUCCCAACUUUGCAGAGGAGGUUAUGACCUUGUACAUUAGGGACUCUACCAAACUGAUAGCUACUGUGGAGCAAGCACUGGAGAGAACCCCCUAUGAUGUCAACAAGCUGGACAAGUCCCUCCAUCAGCUCAAAGGUAGCAGCGCCAGCGUUGGUGCUAACAAGGUUUGGAGCGAGACGAACCAGAUGAGGGAAAGUAUCAAGGCAGGGGACCUCGAAAGGACCAAGGCUCAGCUCCAGCUGAUUAAGCUAGCCCAUGAGACUCUGAGAGGGAAAGUAGAGCCUUACUUUCAUCUGGUGAGACAAGUUGGACCUUCAGAGACUGCUCAGCGCCCCAAGUGA